GACAUCAUCUAGUCAAGAUCUAUUGUUGGAAAGAGGAUGAGCUCAUCGUUUAGAAGCCAGUCUCUGAGAGCAGAGUGAGGACAGAGAACCCAGCAGCAGCAGCAGCAGCAGCAGCAACAGCAGAGGACAAACUGUGUUUAUCUGAAAGCAGCAGUGGACACAAAGCGUCUGGACUCCUGCUACUCCUACUACUACCUGCCCGGCGCCUUCAGACACAACACUCACAACAUGGUUUGGUCCCGAGAGAGAGAGACAGAGCGGCCCCCGCUGUCCGUCAUCCUGCCGCGGCUCUACCUGGGAGCAGAGAGCGACGUGACGCAGGACCGACUGGCCUCUCUGGGUAUAUCCUACGUGCUGAGUGUGAGCCGCUGCAGCCCCCAGCCCUCCUUCCUGCCCCGCUCCAGAUACCUUCGCAUCCCCAUUGAUGAUUCCCUAUGGGACGACCUGCUGCCCUGGAUCCCUCAGGCUCUACACUUCAUUGAUGCAGCCAUGUCGUCUGGUGCGUCGGUGCUGGUUCACUGUGCAGCAGGAAUCUCUCGUUCUCCGGCUCUGGCUGUAGCCUACAUCAUGUACAGCCUGGGAAUGGACCUGGACCAUGCCUACAGGUUUGUGAAAGAGCGCCGGCCUUCCAUUUCCCCAAACUUCAACUUCCUUGGUCAGCUGCAGCACUUCCAGGGCACUCUGAGCCAGAAGGCGUCUGGUGGCAACCUCCUCAUCCAGCAGCUGGACAAUCACCUGCCAUCCAUCACUGACAGUGCCAACCAUACUCCCACCAGUCAGAACAUGAAUUAUCAGGCCAACAAUGUCACCAGCGACUCAGCAGAGGUCAAACAGACACACAGAGAGAAUUUCUACCACACAGACAAAACACAGCAGAGACAUUCACAUUUGGAUGGAAGUGGAAACCAGCAGCUUUCCCUGUCAGGGAAACUUCAGACUCUUAAUUUGACUCUCAAUCAUAAUCAGCAGGAAGUCCAGACGCCGUUCAAGGCUUCUGCUUCGAGCUGCUGCGAGCCAGUCAAACCAGCACCAAAGCCCACACAACUACAGCUCCCAAUAGGCUCUGCUUCUCUAUUAGAAAAACGCAAAAGCCUCAGCCUCUCUUUGACCCCUUUGGGAAUCCGCCCUUCCUCCCCAGCAAGCAGCAGCCAGCAAGCAAGGAGCACCACCACAUCCAAAACUGUCCACAAGAGGGAGAUAGGAGAAAGGCAUGAGGCAAAGACAGCGGGUAACACUGGCUCCUGCAGGCAGGCAGAGGACACCCACAGGGAGCAAAGUCCCUCCCACCGCAAGUGCAGCACAGCUGAGGUGAAGGAGCAGGGCCUGCUGUCACCGCUCACCUUCACCCUCAACAAGCUGCUGGGCUGGGGGGAGAGGGUGCUGCUGGGAGGGGUGUUUGUCCACCCUGUAAGGAUGGGACAGCCUGCACUGCCAUACAGAUGCUGAGGGUGCUGGUUCAGGAUGCUUGGUGUGUCUGUUUGUAUCUGUGCAUGUCUGUCAAAAGGAACUGAAACACACAUGUGAUGUACAUACAUACAAGAAGUCUGAAGGAACGUCCAUCUAUUUAUUUAUUUAUUUAUUGCAGAGCUAAAUAUAAGAAUUAUACUUGAGAAUAAAUCUCUACACAAAUGCAUCUUGGUUAUUUCAUAUUGACACUGGUCAGCUUAUCUUGUCAUUUGAAAGAUGACAUUAUUUUAAAAGACUUUUGACACUAUGGCUUGAAAUAUAUUGACUGAUAAUUAAAGAUGACAUUUCAACUGUG